CUGCUCAGAUGUACACUGACAGAACUAUCACCAUCUUUCAUCGGAUAAGUUUCAAUUGUCAGCAUACGGAUUUACUAACAGUAUUUCUUAAAACAAACUUGCAAGACUUCACAACAACAACUUCUCAACAAUAUCUCCUGAACAUAUAUCUAUCAUGGAACUCACUAUAACGCUUUUGAACGGGAACUCACUUCCCCUGACAGUUCCGCCACACACCACCGUGGGGUCUCUCAAGAGUUUGAUUCAACAACACUUUGAAGUGGCCACAACAAAGCAGAGGCUGUUAGGCGUCAAUGGGAACAACAUCAGUCUCAACGAUGAUUCAAAAACUUUGAGCGACUAUGGCCUGCAUUCAGGAUCUAAAGUGAUGGUGCUGAUUACGGAGCCCGCUCCUAUCCAGGUGUUCCUGAAAAACGAAAAGGGCCAGACACACACAUAUGAUGUGAUGCCUGGUGAGACUGUAACCCAGUUCAAAGCCAAGGUACAAAACAAGGAGGCAGUCCCUGCCAACCAACAGAGGCUGAUUCAUGAGGGGAGGCAGCUCGAGGAUGGCCAGAGGCUGGAGAACUACAACAUCAGAAAUCAAAGCACCAUCUAUCUGACGCUCCGUCUAAGGGGAGGCUGAAGAAACCCAGUAUCGACCUGAAACCACCUGUCACAUGAAGCCCUUAACUUAUUAUGCAUUCCAUGUCUAUAGAGAUAAAGCAAUCAAUCUUGAACAAAAAUGUGAAUUGUCCUACAUUUGUAUUCAAUUGUAAACUUUAAAUUAAGCGUGGCUGAUAUAGGCGUAUAUUAAUGAGAUUGUUAUCAAGUAAUAAACAUGUAUAAAACGAAAACUGUCAACCAUCAUUGUCAUGGCUCCAACUCAAAAGAAAAGACAAAGCAACAUAAGGUACUGGUCAGUUUCUUGUCUGUUGUGCUAUUGCUCUCUUAUUUGACAUGAUAGAGACAGAGCAGUAACAUUUACAGUUGAGUUGACUCAAACUGAGACAAGGCGGUCCACAUGAGGAAUCUACAGGCCGGCCUUGUCAGCAAUA